AUGGAAGUUUUAGUGACCGCAGGUGAUUUUCUGGUCAUUUCUAGAAGCCAGUGAAUCUUUUUGGUAUCAAAAAAUAUUAUUAAAUUACUAUUUAUAACAAUCAAAAAAAACCAUUCUCAGAAAAUGAAGCUUUAAGAUUCAUUUGCGUCUUUCGCUUUGAAGAUUGGACAGACGCAAUUAACAGUCUUUUUAUGAUUAAAAAGUCUUUCCAUAAUAAUAUUUCCCUGAAGCAGCUACUUCCAAGAUAUGAAAAUAGAAGUCGGAAACAAACUUUUUUUUUUCGAAUUUUUGUUUAUUAUACAGAAAAAUGGGAAGAAAAAGUAACCAUUUGGAUUUUUUUCGUACUACUUUUAGUUUUUCUUACAGGUAUACGUUUCUACCGACCCGGAGGCGGCGCUUUUGGUCAUCUGGCUGAGCCACCAAGAAGCGUUUUUGAGCCACAAGGUUGAUUUCGGAGCGACUUUUUCCAUAAUCUCUAUUUCCAGGUAGCUUGAGUGCGGAAAACAGCCAAAGGGUACAGCUAAUUAACGCGUUUCGUAGGUACGGAUAUCUGGAAGCCCAACUCGAUCCGCUGGGUCUUCAGAAUGUCGAAAAGUAA